ACAGACCAGAGGAGCAGAGAGUCACGGAAAAGGUAAACGAGCGAAGAGGGACAUCCUAACGUCAGCCACAAGUUUGGUUGCUCAAAUCCGAGUUGAGCGAGCAAUUUCAAUCUAGCCGCCAGUGAAGACUCGCGGGACGUCGGAUUCCUGUGAACACAAGGAUGCGGUGCCGCACGUUUUUUGGACCGUGUUCGAUUGGGAUCUAUCUAUGGAUGGCGGUCCUUUUCAAAGGGUCCCUACAGGGGGAGCACCAGCGCAGACUGUACAAGGAGUUGAUGGCCAACUACAACCGCCUGGAGAGGCCAGUGAUCAACGACUCCUCUCCUCUUCUGGUGGAGCUGGGAAUGACUCUGCUGCAGAUCAUAGACGUGGACGAGAAGAACCAGGUUCUGAUGACCAACGCAUGGCUACAGCUGUACUGGACUGAUGUGUACCUGAGUUGGAAUCCAGAGAACUACCCCGGGGUUCAGAACCUACGUUUCCCCUCCAGCCAGAUCUGGACCCCUGACAUCCUCCUCUACAACAGCGCCGAUGAGAGAUUUGAUGCCACCUUCCACACCAACGUGCUGGUCAAUGCGUCGGGUUACUGCCAGUACAUCCCCCCGGGCAUCCUGAAGAGUACCUGCUAUAUUGAUGUGCGCUGGUUCCCCUUCGACGUCCAGAAGUGUGACCUGAAGUUUGGCUCGUGGACCCACAACGGCUGGCUGCUGGACCUGCAGAUGCUGGAUGUGGACACGUCUACCUACAUACCCAAUGGAGAGUGGGACCUCGUGGGAGUCCCUGCCAAGCGUAAUGAGCUGUACUAUGACUGCUGUAAGGAGCCCUACCCUGACGUCACCUUCACCGUCACCAUGCGAAGACGAACCCUCUAUUACGGUCUCAACCUGCUCAUCCCCUGUGUCCUCAUCUCUGGCCUGGCCCUGCUGGUCUUUCUGCUGCCCGCCGACUCCGGAGAGAAGAUCUCCCUGGGUAUCACGGUCUUGCUCUCUCUAACAGUCUUCAUGCUACUGGUUGCUGAGAUCAUGCCCGCCACCUCAGACUCUGUGCCUCUCAUCGCUCAGUACUUUGCCAGUACAAUGAUGAUAGUGGGUCUGUCUGUGGUGGUGACUGUUCUGGUCCUGCAGUUCCAUCACCAUGACCCACAGGGCGGCAAGAUGCCCAGAUGGGUCAGAGUGGUGCUGUUGAACUGGUGUGCCUGGUUUCUGCGAAUGAAACAGCCAGGUGAGGAGCGCAAACCCGCUGGCUACCAGUACGGCCACCCUCCCCAGCAACAUUCCAGCGCCAGCUCCAUCGAGAUGGGACCUAUAGGCACCGUGAUGGGCCUCACCCCGCCCCUCUCCCAGGCCCCCUGCCCCACUGGCACUUCCAACGGCAGCAUGAGCCUCUACUUCAGCUACAACGCUGUGGAGAGCCCCCGCUGUCCCACCUCCAGCGACUCCGGCGUGGCGUCGGGGGGACUGGCCCAAGGGACCACCUGCGAGGAGGCUGAGCCCCCGGGGGGAGGUGCUGGAAGAGGGAGAGGAGGUGGUGGAGGAGGAGGGGGGUUGAUCUUUACUCCUCCGGAAGUCUUUCAGAUCCUGGAGGAGGUGUCGUAUAUCGCCCAGCGCUUCAGGGACCAGGAUGAGGAAGUGGCGAUCUGCAGCGAGUGGAAGUUUGCUGCUGCCGUGGUGGACAGGCUGUGUCUGGUGGCCUUCACUCUGUUCUCCAUCAUCGGCACCUUCACCAUCCUCAUGUCUGCUCCCAACUUCUUGGAGGCCGUCACCAAGGACUAUCUAAAGAAAUAGUGUCAAUAUAUUAAACCGUAUAGGCCAGUUUCCCCAAACACAGUGUUGUGUCUUUGGCUAUGCCGGAUUAAGUGAUAUGACAUGCUAUUCUAUAAAAUAAUUUAUCCGUAAUUAAUAUUACCUGAUUGAGCUAAUCAUGUAAAUUUAAUUAACUAGAGUCGGGGCACCACAAAAUAAUAUUUAUAGAGCUGUUAUCUUCCAAAUAAAGACCUAGUAAUAUUUGACAUCAAUAGCAGUCAAUAUUAAUCGUCACGGUAAUUCAGUCUCAUCUGAAAGUUGUAAAUUCUUGGUUAUCUUCAUGAACCCUGGCUAACAAGUUGAAUCAGUUGAAAAUUGGGUUUAAUUAUUUAUUUACUAAAUACCUAACUAAUCACACAGAAUUACACAUACACGUAAUUAAUCAUAACUUGAUUACAAAUUACGUCGGGCGGAACAGUUACGACAGCUUUUUACACAAAAUAAAAGGGGCUGGGUUUGAGUGAAAGAGCAGGAAGACUGAGGAACAAAGGGCGAAGCUGUGCUAUCGUAAAUACAAUAUCUUAAGUAUUAUAAAUUACCGCCCAUUUGGAAAAGGAAAAUGCUAUAAAUAUUUAUCUGAGCUGCGCUUCAGUAGGUUGGUGGUAGAUGGAAGGCCGUGUUGCCAAACUUUGUCCUUUGAAGAAUGUCUCUGGUGGUCAAUUGCAUACGUUGUAGUAACGUAGUUUUGUGAUAGACGGGAUACUCUGUCUGUUCCUUCCUGACCCUCGUUUGCAGCGGCUGUUGCUAACUCAACGGCUUGGCGGUAUCACUUCUGUAGUGAAUAAGAGUUCAAAGUUCAUACCAUUCGCAAUUAUUAUCUGUUAUUAUCUGAACCAUUCUGACAUCGGACCGUCGUCCUCACAUCCUCGGAACAGAAGGUUAUAUUGACGUCAAGGCUUUAUAUAGGAAGGGAGAAACGGGGUGUGUUUCAUAGUUUACAACCUAUGUCUCUUCACGUGGGCGGGCCACUGAGUAGGGCCUAAUUCACUCAUGAAAACCCAAAUCUCACAUUUUAGAAGCUAAAAUCACAUUUCAUCCCAUCACGAAUAAUUUCAUAUUCAAACAUUUAAAUUGAACAACAAUUCCAUGUGAAUCCAAUAACUCUGAUGUGUAAACUUUCUACUGUAGAGUUUAUGUCAUCUUAUCAUUGAUGAGAAUGUCUCAGAUGACAACCGAACUGACAUAAUAUUCAUUAAGUACCACCGCAUAUGUUCAAUUGGUCGGAUUACUAGAAUAUAGUUCAUUUCCCCCCACCUUCUGAUGUUCCCAGAAUCUCUGUUAACCAAGGUGUUUGCAAAUGUAACAUCAGUAGGGUAGAGAGAGGGAAAAAGGGGGGGAAGAGGUAUUUAUGACUGUCAUAAACCUACCCCCAGGCCAACGUCAUGACAACAGAUUAGGCCUAGGUCUGGACUAAGAACCACUUUCAAUGGAGAAUCUCCAUUCGGCAUGCAUUGUAGUACAGGACUAGGCCAAUGCUGUGUAUGGGAAACAAGCCUUACAUGUUCUAUCCAGAUUACUCUGGAGUAUAUUUGAGAAAAUGGAUUUUAAUGUAAAUAGAUGUACACUGAACAUCAAUGCAAGGGUUCUCCAUAGUCCGUCUCCUCUGCUUGGAUCCAGCUUAACUGAGGUUGUUCCUGUUUGUUGCCAUGCCAUCCAGAUAUCUCAUUAUAAUAUCAACUUGACCUUUGAUCUUUGGAUUCCUGGGUAUGCAUUCCACGACCUUUAGAGCUUUACUGGACUUUCUGGACUUUGUGACAUUAUGUAGCAUUGUUAAAGUAACUGUGUAAAUACAGAGAUGUUUCACUGUGACCAGGACCUUCUUAUCGUAUUCUAACCAUUUUACUUUCACUAUAUUAUACGUUUGUGUACUGUACAUACCCACGGUUUACAUUUUGCUUGUCGAUUCUAAAUAGCAGCUAACUUUGUCACGGGUGUAGAAGUAGUUGGGUGUCCUCUAGGUCCACAAAUGACGUCAUUAACUCUGACAUUGACUGUGCCACUCUAUGAUAACAUUGAGUGAUUUGUGACGUCAUGGCGUAAGAAGAGGACUCAACCUUCAACAACCUGCAACAACAGGAGCUAUGGAAACAAACCACUGGACAAAGACAUGACCAUGCGACUAUCAGUGGAUACUGAACUACUGCACCGGCUGCUAGAUGGAAGAAACUCCUGCUGAGACGGAGGCUGUCCUGAUAUAAAAAGGUGGUGGGUAGCCUAGCGGUUAAGAGUGUUGGGCCAGUAACCGAAAGGUUGCUGGUUCGAAUCUCCCGAGCCGACUAGGUGAAACAUCUGUCGAUGUGCCCUCUGGAUAAGAGCGUCUGUUAAAUGACUAAAAUGUAGUAUGGACACCGUAAUGCCCCCAUACAUCAGAUAACUACAGUAGACCCAUGUAGUAUUAGUAAUUGCAAUCAGUUGAUAUGACAUGUGUUGUAUAUAGGGGAAUGGAUAUAGUGGUGUUACAUUAACAUGGAGGAUGUCUGUCUCUCGUGAUAACAUCUGACCUCGUAGAGGUCACUAUGACUAAAGAUCACAGGGGCUGACUCUUCCUGUUUUUAUUGAUUGAAACAAACUCAGAUGUCAUGUUUUGUUUUAAUGUGGUAUUAUUAUCCAUAAAGACCAUGGUAUAUGAAAGCUCUCAGGGCAGAUAGUUAAGUGACUUAUCGACUGCCUGUCAUGUCAGAGAGUAAGUCCGUGUCUGUCUUUUUCUAUUAAUAACCAUUGUUACUGUGUACUGAACAUAUUCCCCCCACCCCACAGUCAGUCUUCCUCUGUUGUAUCGGUUGUCACACUGCUGUCCUUCUAUUCCUGUGAUUUCGUUGCACUUCCCUAAUAAAUCCCCCAUGUAGC